UAUUGGCUACAAACGUGUGAAUCAGUUAACGUAAUACCACUUCAACAAAACAAUAAAUAAGAAAAGAGAAAGAGAAGUGAUAACAACAAUCUCUUAACCACUUAAAUGUUUAAAACUUCAAAAAACACACUUCAAGUGGUGAAGGAUUAGAAGUGCAUUUGAAAAUAUGACAAUUACUGUGUCAACAAUGUUGUUGUCGUUGUCUUGGAGGUAUAGGGACUGACAUUCAAACUAUCAUUAACAGCAGUUCCCCCUUUAGUCUUCAUACAUAAGCCGUUUACAUAAUAUCUGUGACGAAAAAAAGUGAUUAAAACUUUUUGAUACCAAAUCAUUAUUUGAUCUAACAAUCAUCCCUAAGCAGUUCCAACAGCAACUCAGGGGUGUCGCCAACACUGACAUAGUUUUUAAGUUUGUUUGUCAUAUUCAUUAUCUAAUGAAGACACUUUCUCCCGGUGAGGACACCUCCCGAACAAAUUGGUAACAAUUGAGUUUCUAUCGAUAUUGUGGAAGAAACGUCACAAUCAUCUUCUGGUCAUCGGCGGUAACAGUGCCGACAUCGAUCCCGAAGACAGUUCGGUCGGGUCGACAACUAUGACAAUACCAAUGACCGAGUUGGAGAUCGACGAUGUGGCCUUUCUUACCGGAGCCGACGGAAAUGGACAUGACGGUAGCGAUGGUAAACACCAAUCGUCGACCAGUUGUGCCGGACUCAUAUGUCCGAACUCGUCGGCAAAAAGCCGACACCAUCAUCGCCAUCAUCGGCACAGUGACGGUCAAUCGGGCGCUCAUUCGGUGCUCAAUUGGCGCAAAUCCAAUGUCCUGACGAUGGGAUUGUGUUCACUUUUGGUCAUCACUAUUAUAGCCUUAAUCAUAGCCUUCUUUCCAUUCCAUAAUCAAUGUUUUACUGGUCACACAUUAUCGCAUACCGGAUCGUACGGGCCGGACGCCGAUCAUCGUCAACACAAACCGGACAGUAGCGGCACCGGUAGUCGACAUCAAUUGUCUCAAUCGCCGUUGUUGUCCACCACAGGUGAACUGUUUCCCUGGACAGACAUCCGGUUACCAGCGUUUGUCGUGCCAUUCAGCUAUGAGUUAUCCAUGAAACCAAAUAUGACUACCUUUUACAACACGGGUAGUGUAUCCAUAUGGCUAACAGUGACCGAGAGGACAGACUUUGUGGUAAUACAUACGAAAAAAUUAAAUAUCACUGACAUCACAAUGACUAGUGCUGACGAUAUGGACGUACCGGUUAUCCGACGGCUGGAAUGUACACAACACGAACAGUUGUUUAUAGGUUUUGAUGGCUUACUUGUGCCAAACCGUAACUAUAGUUUACGGUUAACGUUUGAGCGACAACUGGAGGAACAGUUGGAAGGCUUUUACGUCAGUUCAUAUGUGGACACCAGGACUGGUGUCAGAAAAUAUUUGCUGACAACUCAUUUUGAGCCGACGUCCGCGCGAUCAGCAUUUCCUUGUUUUGAUGAGCCGGCGCUCAAAGCCUCGUUUUCCAUGAAAUUGGUUCACGAAAGAGACUUCGAAGCCUUCUUCAACUCUGAGCGCGUGGAUCGCGUUCCGUACAAUAAGGAAGGCCUUAUUAUGUCGGUAUUCGAGCCGACAGUCCCGAUGUCUACCUAUUUGGUGGCAUUCAUAGUAUGCGAUUUCAACAUACACGCUAAACAGACUCGCGAGGGCAUCAACAUCCGGGCCAUAGUACCCGAUGAACAGGACUCACAGUCCAACUAUGCUCUCAAUUCGGCCGCUUCUAUACUCAGCUACUACCAGGAGUUCUUUAAUAUAACAUAUCCAUUAAGUAAACUAGAUUUAGUGGCCGUACCUGACUUUGGCGGCGGUGCGAUGGAAAACUGGGGUCUCAUUACAUUUCGGACAUCGGUUUUCCUUUACAACGACAACGAAAGUAAUAGCGAAACACAGGAACAGGUGGCCAUUGUUGUCGCUCACGAAUUAGCGCACAUGUGGUUCGGCAACUUAGUGACAAUGAACUGGUGGGACGACCUCUGGCUCAACGAGGGUUUCGCUUCGUAUAUUGAAAAUCUUGGCGUUAAUUAUAUACAUCCCGAAUGGAAAAUGAUGGAACAGUUUGUGGUGACCACCACUCAGUACGCUAUGGCUAUGGACUCUCUUCAGACAUCGCAUCCCAUCAGAGCCGACGUGAAGAAUCCGACAGAGAUUGAGGCCAUAUUUGAUAUGAUUUCAUACAAAAAAGGCGCGUCACUCAUCCGAAUGCUGGACAACUUCUUGGGCAUUGAUAACCUGCGAAUCGGUUUGUCGGCAUUUUUGCACAAAUAUCAGUACAAAACAGCGAAGACCAGCGACUUGUGGCACUCAUUCUCAGAUGCAAGUCGUAUUCACGGCAUUAAUGUGUCGGCAAUUAUGGACACGUGGGUCAAUCAAAAAGGGUUUCCUGUAAUCACAGUCCGACGCAUUGGAAACCAAUUAAUGCUAAAUCAACGACGUUUUCUGUCCAGUAUUCCUGAUUCGGAUAAUAUUGACGACCCGUCAGACAUAUCACCGUUUGGCUAUAAGUGGAUAAUACCGGUCACAAUAAUUACCGAUCGUUCGCCUCGCGAAUCAAGAUUGGUUUGGUUCAACACGUCGGAGAUGUCGAUACCAUUUGAUGCCCAACACCAGUGGUUCAAAGUGAACGUCAAUCAGUCGGGCUUUUAUCGGGUCAACUAUGAGUCCGAUCAGUGGCUCGCACUGACAGAUCUGCUUAACAAUCAUAACUACAAUCGACACGUUUUGUCGGCCAUCGAUCGGUCAAAUCUGUUGGACGACGCCUUCUCGUUCAUGAGGAUUGGUAUUCUCGAUGUGAACUUAACGAUGUCGUUGAGCUUAUAUUUGCGUAAUGGGGAACGGGAUUACAUACCGUGGGAGACUGCACUCUAUCAUUUCGGUAUUAUGGAUAUGCUUAUGGAGCAAAAUCCAUCGCUGCAUCGGUAUAUCUGCGGUCUCAUCGAACCGUUGAUUACCAUAUGGGGUUGGAAGGAUCAGACCACCGAUCCGAUGCUUCUACGCAAACUACGGGCACUGUUGUUGCGUGCGGCGGUCACCUACGGAGACAAACAGUCCAUACAAGUGGCCAAUAGGUAUUUCCAGAGUUGGAUGAUUAACGGCACCAAAAUACCGGCCAAUCUGCGWGAAGUAGUGUACACUACAGGCGUCCAGUACGGGGAUCAGCGCGAAUGGAUGCACUGUUGGCACCGGUAUAUGAAUACAAGUAUACCAUCGGAAAAGAAGCUACUGUUGCUGUCAAUGGGCGCCACCAGAAACUCGUGGCUAUUGGCCCGCUAUCUGAACAGUUCGCUGGACAAAAACCGYGUUCGGCCACAGGACACGGUUCACGUGAUCCAAACUGUUGCCCGAAACCCGAUGGGUCGCGAUAUGGUUUGGCGGUUUGUACGGGAAAAUUGGCACCAAUUUAUCCGUAUGUUCGGCGAGGGAUCGUUUUCUCUCGAUAUGAUUAUCACUGAAACGACGUGGCAUUUCUUGACCCGAUUCGAGCUCAAACAAGUCCAACAAUUCUUUGAGUCGGUGACCGUUGGUUCGGGUGCUCAGGCAUACAGACAGGGCAUAGAAAAAAUCCGAACCAAUAUCUACUGGAAAGACCAUUUAGAGCAUCUGGUCAUCAACUGGUUGGCCAAACAUACCGGUGACGAUGUGGUCCUAUAG